AUGACCGUCUGCCAGGCCUUCUCCAGCGCCCUCGCCAACAAGGGCAUGAGCGCACAGCAGCUCGCUGUCGUCACUCAGAGUGACCAAGCCCGCAUGUCCCAAAUUUGCGCGGGUACUGCAACCCCCACUAGCGAGGAAUACAACAAGAUUGCAUCUGCGUUGGGCCUGGGCAGCGCCCCUGCUACUCACCCUUCGCGUUGA